AUGCCUAAUUACUUCAUGCGUCAGCGUUACGUGACUCACGAGGGACAUUACAAGGAAGAUCACUCGACUUAUAUACAUAUCGACUACGUAAAGCGUAGGAGCAUCCAAAGAGCAAUACAAACCGAUGCCGAUGCCCUCUUCCAAGCAGAGCGCGAAGAAUCUAUAGCACAGCACGACCACGCCACCGCGAUCUCGAUUUCCCAAGGCAUUCCUAUGACAUCGGAUAUGGAAAGCGAUGAUCCUAAGUUAGCCGAAGAUUUGGAACUUAUGAAUGAGCUUACGGAUAAACUCAUUGCUACCUAUAUCACUGGGGUCGAGGACGAAAACCAAGAUGGAAGCGAGAUAGAACGUUUGGUUCCUGCUGCUGACGGGCAACCUGAGAGCUCAUCUUGGGCUACCGCUCGUAUACCUCGGAAGUUUACUCCUCCAGGCCGGGACUGUUUGGCUUGUGGAGAGAGAAAAUAUUUUAUCGAUGUGGCGCGGGUUCCUUGUAGCCAUGAAUAUUGUCGAGAGUGUCUUGCGCAACUAUUUCGGAGCGCAAUGUCCGAUGAAUCAUUGUUCCCUCCGCGUUGUUGUCGGCAGAAUAUUCCUCUCGAAAAGGUCCUGUCUUUCCUUCCAGAGGAACUCAUUCGCGAAUUUCGAGUCAAAGAGGUUGAAUUUUCGACGCCACGUCGGACAUACUGUCACCAGCCAGAGUGCUCUGCCUUUAUCCCCCCAGAAAACUACGUGGGUGAUAUCGCAACCUGUAAAGAUUGCGGUGUACAAACCUGCAUUACCUGCAGAGGUCCCUCGCAUAAAGGCGAUUGUCCAGAUGAUAAAGAUCUACAAGAAGUCCUCGAACUCGCCCAAGAGUAUGGAUGGCAACAAUGUUAUAAUUGUUCAUCGUUGAUCGAACUGAGCACUGGCUGCUACCAUAUGACGUGCAAGUGUCGUUCUCAGUUCUGCUAUAUUUGCGGCGACCCCUGGAAAACUUGUAGCUGCCGUCACUGGGAUGAAGGUCGAAUCCAUUACCGGGCAGAAGAGAUAUACCGCAGAGACCAUGGAACAGACGACCAAAUGGACACUCGAGACGCAAACAUAGGACGUAUUGUGACUAACUUACGGGAAAAUCACGAAUGUGGGCAUUUCUCUUGGAGAUAUCGGUCUGGGACUUACAGGUGUGAAGAAUGUCGGGACACGUUGCGUGAGUAUAUUUUUGAAUGUCGCCAAUGUAACAUCAUGGCAUGUAGAAUGUGUAGGUAUAAUCGCUUGUGA